AUGGCUGACUCAGAAGAUUGUCUCGGCGGGGAUGCCCAACUCUUUGCGUCCACUCCGGAGGAAUUCAAAUGGAUUCUCGACAAUGCCGCAUACAAGGACUGGAUUGGGCCGUCUUGCAGCCCUUUGUGGCUAUAUGGGCGAGCCAAUUCAGACCUCGCCGCCUCGGUGAGCGUCUUGGAAAGGGAGGCGCGUGAGAAAUUUCCAGAUGCCAACAUCAUUAAAUAUUCCUUCGAUGCCCGCGACGACCGAUGUCGAUCGACGUACAAAAUGUUUGCUUCUUUGAGCUACCAACUGCUGAUUCUUCAACCAUGCCUCUUCAAACAUGUUGAGCUUCUCUACAAGGAGAUUGAGGAUAAGACGUACUGUGUGUCACCGUCCUGGAGAAUCGAACCUUUAUGGGCCUUUUUCCGCUCGUUGCUCUCCUGCCCACAUAAAGACCAUGGCGUGACCUUUUGCUUUGUCAACAUGAUAGACGAGUGCGACCCUUCCAGCAGCGGCUUCUUGAAUGACCUGCUAUUAUUGGCGGACUCGGAAACCCCAGCCAGCAAUUUCAGGCUCGCAGUCACCAGCCAUAAGACUCCCGAUUUUGACGCCAAGUUCUCCGCACGUGCGAUCAAGAUUAUCAAGGAGAGAGAUCAAGACUCUGAUAAAAAGAAGAAUGAACUGGAGAGAGUGAUUGCUCGUGAGACUUCUUUGUUGUUUGCAGCCAGACCGGAACUGGGCAAGUUUGACAGCAUUAUAAAGGAGAAACUGAGAGCCGCUGGUGACGCUUUUAACAUUUCACUCAUUACAACAUGGCUACAGCUACGCCAGCCUCAGUUGUCUUACGCAGAGCUGGAGACAGAGCUGAGCUCUCUACCUCUCACCACAUUUGGGAUAUAUCAACACUUUAUUGACGGGAUACCCGUAGAACGACGACUGUGGUCGGGGAAGAUACUCUCUUGGAUGAUUCAUGCGUUUCGGCCAUUGAGCAUGACCGAGCUUGCCUUCGCCUUGGCUCUUCAAGACGACGUCGUCUCCGUCUCUGAACUGCGGAGAAAGUUGCCCCAGGAUCUCGCAUCAGAUAUCCAACAUGUAUUUGGCAACUUAAUCAAGAUCCAACACGACAACGUCUUGUUUGCUCAUAGCAGCUUUCGGGAGUUCCUCCUCCAAGGUCGGCACGGUCCUAAAGAGCGCGCUUGGAUGUUCGAGUUCGAUGACCAUGCGAAAUUCGCCGAGUCGUGCCUCCGCUACCUCUCUUUGGUGACUUCGCAAACAGAGAAAUCGAAGCCUAUUUUCGACGACAGCAAUUUCGACACGUUUCCCGAGGGGGACGAGUACGAUUUUCUCAACUAUGCCGUCCAGUACUGGUCUAAGCACUACAAGUUGGCGAAACAUGAUCUCUUCCCAAGCCUUCACGAAAAGGCGUGCGCAUUCUUGGAGGAGCCCAGGCCUAUUCGAAUGUGGUCACAGCUACACUUUGACGGCUUUGGAUGGUCAGAGAUGGCCUCCGAACCGCUCCACCUUGCGAUCUUACUCGGCUGUAGUGAUAUUGUCCGCACGCUGCUCAAGAAGCGGACGUGGGAAGCCGAUAUCCUCUCUGAGGCGCUUGUAUUUGCCGUGGACAAUAAAGACGAGACAAUCAUUGAUUCCCUCUGGGAAGCUGGUGCCGAGAAUGAGACCAUUUUGUGCCUCGCUGCCCUGUCCGGGCGAGGUCGGGUGCUGACCAAAAUGCUGGAAAUGGAGGAUGAAGACUCACUUGAUUUUUCUCCAUUGCACAUGGCAUCUGAAUCUGGCUAUCAUGAAUUGGUUAAAGAACUGCUCAAUGCAAAUCACGAACCAGACUCCAUAUUUCUCGGAAAGGCUCCUCUUCAUCUCGCCAGCGAGUUUGGCCAUGUCGACGUCAUCGAGGCGCUUCUUGUCGGAAAGGAGAAGGCUGAUGAGGACGGGAAUACGAAGACAGACACCAAUCCAGGCCGCGGCGCGAAUGUCGAAAUAUUAGAUAAAUACCGUCGGACGCCUCUCAUCGAGGCCAUCAGAUGUCAGCAACCUGGCGCAGUCAAAAAACUUCUUGACCGGGGUGCUAAGCUUGACGCUGUAGAUGGAGAAAACAAUCGAGCGUUGCACCAUGCCGCCGAGUCUGGCCGCGAGGACAUUUUCGGCAUAAUUCUAAGUUACUACGAGAAGCUCCGGGGGGAUGAUGGCUGCUUUAGGAUACUCCAAGACGCAAUGGAGGCACAAAACAACCAAGGUUCCACGCCGUUGCACUUGGCCGCACGCGAGGGCCACAUCGAGGUGGUGCGGCAGCUCCUCGAAAAGCUGAAAGCUAGAGAAGAAACAUUGGUCAUGAUGGGGGAUAAAGCCGGGAAUACGCCCAUUCAGCUUGCGGCCAAGGGAGGUCAUGCCGAUGUGCUAGAAACCCUCAUUAAAUGGCAAAGGGACGCAAGAUGUCAGGAACCAGCGUACCAUCACGAGGCUAAAGUCGGAACCAUGAAUGAUCUGCAAAGCCCUCCCAGAUGCCGGUGA